GACGUCCUCCUCCCUGCACAAGCAACAACACACAGCCUACAAGUGUGUUAACGCCUACUGUUGCUGCCCGUGCAGGCAAUCCAGACGUCAAACCGAUAGUACACGGCCGUAACGAGCGUCUCACCCGCGCGGCAUUGGCAGUGGUGCUGUGGGUCGCCCAGUCGUGCAAAAAAUUGUCCGAAGACCGCUCGAGUGCUAUCAUUUCUGGCAUUCAAACGAACGCUGUUGCAGCGACCAAACAGCAGCCGCCUGCUGCAGCUCUGCGUCCAUUGUCUUCUUCUCAAGACCAACUUGCUCAAUCGACCCACCCCAGCCCCACAGCUUUUCUUCUUUAUCGCCUUGGGAGUUUCUAUCGGAGUGAGUUGGCGGCAGACCCGCCGCUGCUCACGUCAUGGCGGCGGCCGCAGCUCAAGCUUUUCCCUUAGACUGCGAUGGCUACGAGUUCACGAAUGGCCGCUUCACGUUCGACUCGGCCCAGCCAUUUGCUGGCGGCGGCUGCGCAUCGCUCUGGAAGGUCCGCGACAACACCGCAGCUGACCCACACGUGUGGAAGGGGCUGAAGGUAAUGAACAAGCCAACCUACAAUGACCUCAGGGACCCGGGCCGAAAUGAGUGCGCCUUCCUCAUCUCGCUGGCGGACGAGGCCGACGAGCACCCCAAUGUGGUCAAAGUAUUUGCUGUGCGCCGGGGGUGACUGGCAGUGGC